GCGCACGGAUGGCCGAAUGUGCUGAAAGGGGCGCAACACCUGUUGAAUGAAGGAUAACUUGUGCAAAACCCCCCCCGCCGUCAUUUUCUAGUGUAAUAAAAGUUGUCUGGAAAUGAUUCUAAUGCAUAGUGUAAAUUUGCGAGUACAGAAAUUAGAUCUAUACGGAUACAGCCUUUAACAAACAUCUCAUAAUUGUGUACCACUGUUAUGAUUUCUUUUCGUUAGUUGGAAUAUAGAUCUAGAUCCAUUUUCCCCCUGUGGUGGGGCACGAGUGGGCUGCAUAAGUGUCAACUGUCAGGUACGUGUAAUCUAGGUCAGUGAGUGUGUCCUCAGGAGGAAACGCAAGAGUGAUCUAAAGUGUACCUGCAGGGCCGGUCCGCUGUGUUCUGUGCAAGGGCAUUUUCCCAAAGACUCAUUCAUAGGAUAUACUUUUAUCUAUGUGCAAUAUGUUGGUGUGUUUUUUCAUAGGACUACAGUGUUGUUUGUUCUGUGUCGGAAUAUUUGGACUUGCUGACUAACACGCGUAGUCAGAUACUUGAUAGGCCUACUCAUAACUGUUACAUCUACUAAAACUGUGAAACGAAUCUAGACUAGAUUUCUAGCAACAUCUAAUGUAGAUCUAGAUCUAGAUAUCAAUAUCUAUAAAAUAAAGGCAUUAAAGGUGUCAUUCAAUAUGGAAAACACCAAUCCUACGAGUGAAAAAAAAACACGACAUUAUGCAAUACUUGUAAUUGUGGAAUCUAUGGAAAGAAACAUCUUGCGCCUCAAAUUAAUGAAUAAUUACUUGAGAGUUUCGGCGCGCACCUUUUGAAAGCAAAUAUCGUCUGCUAUAAAAAAAAAAAAUGAAGCACUGACCUACAUCCAGAGUCUCGACUUCUUAGAAGACUCGACUCAAAAAGACUGCAUACUAUGCGCAGAUUCGUUUCAGGAUUUCACACUUGACUGAACAUGUUCAGCGCUAAUUACCUACAAGUCAAGAGUAACCUGGACCCUAGUCACGGAUUUAUCAUCUGAUCACUGCUACCUACGUGAGCACCAUGAGUAUCUGGAGUCCUACAAAUGUGCAGUUCACGGUUUUACGAGCAAGGAAUCUAAUCGCCAAAGGGAAGGGAGGAAACAAUGACGUGUUUGUCACCAUUCAACUUGGCAAAGAGAAAUACCAGACAUCCACCAUCAAAAAUGCUUUGAACCCAGAAUGGUUUGAGGAAUGUGACCUACCAAUAGCAAGCUUGCAUUCUGAGAUUGAGGUCAGCCUCUUUCAUCAUGGCGUCUUAUCUGACGACUUCCUGGGUUACGUGGCCAUCCCGUUAUGGGAGCAGAAAGUCACCGAAACUCCCAAGAGCAGCAGCUGGGUGUCACUCCAUGCCAAACCCAACUCAAAGUCCGGCGACACCAAGUACAGGGGCGAGCUGGAGAUCAAGCUGACCUUUCACUCCCAGGCCAAGACCGAGAGCACGCCCCAUGGCCUCAAGAAGCGGUCCUCGUCCAUCAGAAACCUGGCCACAGCUUUCGGUGAUAAGUUUAAAUUUGUCAGAAGUCGAUCUUUACGUGAGAACAGAAGAGACACAGAAGCUGGGAAGAUGGACAAGCAUCGAGGUGUAAGUUCCCCGGAUGCCCCCGAGACUGCUUCCUUGAGGGGUAUACCACCCUACGCCCACUUGCCUGUCCACUUUUCAGCUUUGGACAUUAACAGGGCGCCCUGGGGUAUCGACCCCAAUGCCCCGGACACGCUGACCAGAAGUUACAGCAUGUCGGCUGCAUACAUCAAGUCCAUGUCCCUGGACAGGAACAAGUCAGAGAUCUACUCGGUCAGCACCAAUGUGGGCAACAAGAGAAAAGAUAGCAGCAGUGGAGGAGGCAACUCCGGCAAGCAGAGUGCUCCCCCUCCACCAGGUGUUGCAGCAUCUUACAGCCAAUCCAUGUACAACCUGCCAGGAAACAGGAGAAGCUGUACAGAAAUUCCAUUUCGUCAGCCUCCUCCACUUCCUUAUGACCCGAGACUCUCUUCAAAAGAUGACUGCGCUCUGCGAGACCUGAAUGAUCGCCGAGCCAAGUCAGAGUUUCAUAUAAACUCCACAUCUCGUCCCCCGCCCCAGCCGCUCUCUGGAUUCUUUGAUUCCGGGCACCGGACUGAGCUCUCUGGGAUUUACGAGAGCAUUCGAGAGCGAACCGAACCAGAGAACUCUGCCUCCUCUUCCUCUUCUGAUCCAGAAAGUGUUCCCAUGCCUCGACCACGACGGUACCUGCAUAAAGAUGGACGCUCAUCGAAAAAAAGAACUGGAGAACAAAAUGAAAUCAAUGGCAGGGACUCGGGAAUUUUAGAGGACCGGUCCUCAAGCCAUGGGAACUCACUUGAAGGCAGCAGCAUCAACGAUGGGACAGCAAAUAAUGGAUCCAAAAGUCGGUCAUGGACUUCUGCUGCUAACGAUGAGAACUUGCUGAAAAAAGAUGAGGACAGAAACAAAGCCCCUGCCAACAAUUCAGGUUAUCAUUUUGGAGAUAAAGACCUGGCUGUCAACAGAACAGGCAGGGCUAAGAAGAAAGUUCCAGUGCCUAGCCAGUUCUACAGCAAGGAAAACAGUCAGGGGGAGCUGGUGGUCAGGAAGAGGUCAAGAGGACAGCGCGACAGGCUGCGACAGAUCAGACAAGGGAACAGAAGAUACACAGUCCAGGGCUUAGAUAAUCACAAUGGGCUUUAUGAUGACAGUUUAUCUUCAGAACCCAGCGACACAUCACGUGCUGAAGUACCAGAGGACAUGUUGUCUGUAUUUAAAAACAUGUCAAAAGAGGAUUUGUUCCGGGUUGUCAUUCAGUGCAAGGCUCAGAUGAUCCGCAAAGAUCAGUACAUCAAAGACCUUGAGAACUACAUUGAUGACCUGUUGGUCAGGGUCAUGGAGGCUACACCCAAACUCCUGAGCAGACCUGGGAUGCACAGAUAAUAAAACUAUGAUGACUCUCUUUUUCACGUGUUUCAUUAAAAAAACAAAACAUUCCUUUCACAAGAUUCCAUUUGUUGGCUAGUUUUUAUUUUGUAUAGAAUAUAAAGGUAGAGUAAAAUAAAAAUGGACAUAGAAGUAGUGCCCCUGGUGCUGUCAAUUUCUUGAAAUCAGAGCUUCCUGAAGUGUUACAUAGAGGCCUAUGUGUGCUGGAUGCAUUUCUAGGUGUUCCACACAGUACCGUUUCCAGGCAUCAAAAUAUUCUAUUCUUCAAGUAACUCCUAGCUUGAUAAUAAUUUAGUUGUAUAAUGUGUUUCCAAUGUCUGAAUAAAUCAAUGGAAAGUUAAUUCUGGCAGAGCAAAAGGAGAAACAAAAAAAAAAAAAAAAUUGCAAUUAGAAUUAUGUCCCUUUUGUUCUGUCAAAGUUUUUCAAUGAUCUUAAAAUGCACAUGACUCAUUUUCUAACUGUGCUCUAUGCCUAAGAACAGUACAGAACUUUAGUGUUUUAAAGCUAGUUUAACUUGAUGACAGGAAUAACAUUUUUGCAUUGAUAAUACAUUAGCUUAUUUGUUGUUAAAAAUGUAUCAUGCUUGCACAAUGCAAAUUGAGAGUGCAAUCCAAUGCAUUUUAUUUUUUGAUAUGGUGAAAGAAUGUUGAAACCUAAUCUUACCAUUGACAAAUCUAAUAUAUUUACCGGUACAGGAAAAGAAUAUGUAUAUUUGUUUGUGUUAGUUGCAUUGCUAGUACAGCCUGUAAAGAUGUUGCAAUAUCUGGCCUAGAACAAUUUUACUUAUGUCACUGUAAAUUAAGUGUACACAUUUUAUGCAGUAGGACAAUCUAAUUUUGUACUGCAUUAGUUCAUCAGUUUCCUUACAACUUAUGAAUGCAAAAUAUUUCUGUUCUGCUUGUCCUGAUGCAGAUAGAGUUGCCUAUUUGUGCUGAAGCUAUGGCAUUACUUUAUUUGAUGUAGCGUAUUACUAUUAAAUUGCACAGAUUUAAAAGCUCAGUUAUAGUUGUUAAAAGUGAAACUCUAUUACUUUCAAAAUACAUUACUGCUGUGAAGUCAAGAACUUUCUGUGUUGCUUUAGUUCUCAAAACAAGACUACCACUAUGUUCUAGCUGUUUUUGUUCUGUUAUGUAAUGCAGGUCUCCCCUCUAAACUACUCUGGUUCACUGUCUUUCAGUUAUGUUCCCAUAGUGAAUAUUAGUGUAUGUAUCUUAUGUGAGGAAUAAAUUGUUUUAAUUGGUUAUCAUCUGAAUAAUUAACUACCGUACCAGUAAUAUGUUGCUUGAGUGGCUAGUUCAUUACUGUACAUGCUGAGAAAAAGGGGGCACUUGACUUUCGAACCUGGGUUAGAAUCUUAGUGAAGACUAGGAUUUUGAAUUUCCAAAUUUUCAGGGCACCCCUGAGUCCACCCAACUUUAACGGGUACCUGACUUGAGUUGGGGAAAGUAAAGGUGGUUGGUCGUUGUGCUGGCUACAUGACACCUUGCUCGUUAACCAAAGAAAUAGAUGAUCUUAACAGCAUCUGUCCUAUAGAGUGCAAGGUCUGAAAGGGGAGAUUUACAUUUCAAGGCUCAGCACAGGUGCUGGUACCCAUGAUUGAAAAGCACUUUACAGAAACACAACUUAAUAGUGACAAGAAUAGUUUAAUUAAACUUUUGACAUUCAAAACUAGAGCUUUGUCCUUUACUUUGAUAUCAGCACUUACAAAACAUAAUUAAUUUAGUUUGAGAGUUUUCAUACAAAGAUUUAUUUAAAAGCAAGGCAAAAAUGUACAUUUGACUGCUUUUUAUUCAAUUAUUUAAAAAAAAUAAAAAAUGUUGUUAGUGUUUGGCUUUUUUAACUGAUUUUGAGUUGUAUAUGGUAAUUUGCUAAGAAAAAAAUCUUCAGAGCACAGUGUCAUAAUGCAAAGUACAUUCCACCAUACAACUUUUCUAUUAUAAACCCAUUCCAAAAAAUGCAUUGAAUUACAAAGAUGUAAAACAUUAUUGAACUAAAUUUCACGUUUUCAGUUUGGUAGCAUAAUGUAGUACAGUGAACUACUCCAUUCCCUCCAGCACAAUCCCCACAGGCAGGGUGCACCUUAGCAGCAGAAUACUUCAAGUGUCCCCCCACCUAUUAAACAUUUUAUUGGGCAAAUAAUUAGUUACUUUUGUUACUUCCACUGUUAAUUGAUAGCUAUGCCACUUGGUGGCAUGGCAUCCAAUCAACUUAGUUCCAAUAGCUUUAUGCAACUCCAUGGAUCUUACUAGUAGUUUAUCUAGUAGAUUUAGAAUUAUUAUUAAAUGCGACAUUUUUUAAAAAUUUUUUUGGUUAAAUGUUGAGGAAAUGUGUGGUCAAUACUAUCCUAUUUAUUCAUUCAAUAGAAUAUACUGCUGUCUGGUGCUAUAUAAUAUUCUAGACUUUAUUUUCAGUUUGUCUUGUAAAAAGUUUCUUUUUUAAUACAUUCCUAUUUUUUUAUACAUUUAAGAUCAUUGUGCUAACUAUGUACAUAAACAUGUUGUCCACUGGGAUGUCCACUUGAAAAUGAAAUGCAACUUUUUUUUUGUCUUUGUACCUAUUGAAUUAAAGAUGGACCAGAGUUUGGGGGGAAAAAAAACUACUAACAUGUCAAUGAAAUUGAAUUUGAGAUACUGUCAGAGCAAGUCCUCAUGUGCAUGUAACUUGUAGCUUGCAUUGAUUUGAAAAGAUUAAAAUGAAAGUGUAUUGAUGUUUUUUUUGUUUUUAAGACAUUUCACUUUACUCACAUCUGCAAAUGUGUUCAAACAACCAAUUACCAAUUAGAGACCCAGUGACAAAAACAAUUAUUUAAAUAGAACAUACAACCAACAAAUGAUGAUGUUUUUUUUUUCUAUUGUAUUUAUGUCACCAAAACAACACAGGACAUAGACAAUUAUAGACAGUUAUGUAAGCCUGUAACCAUUCCAAGCUUUCUCUAUGAUAAAAAGUUGAAACAAUGAUUUUUUAAUAAAAAAAAAAAAAAUGAAUGUAAAUAAUGAAUGAUGAUGAUGGUGAUGAUGCAGUGAUGGUGGUGAUGCAAAACAAUUUAAAAGCAAGAAAAUGUCAUUUAUCAAAUAGUGAAACAAAAAAAAAAUUGCCUGUCCAACCAAUGUCCUUGAGGGCUUAGUUAUCUUGUGUCAGAUUUUCUGAAGCUGUCCCUUGUCCAGUUCAAACUGCUCAAGUCCAACUUGAAUUCCCUGCUGGGCUUUUCCUCUUCCUUCUUUUUUUUUUUAAUCAUUGAACAUCCCAAGAGUUUGAAACAAAAAAUGACAGCAAAAAAAAAAAAAAAAUACAA